AUGUUUAGAGGAACUGUAGAUCGUGCUGGUAACAGAGAAGGAAAGAAGACUAGUUUGAGAAAGACUGGUAAAGAUAAGAAGGUGGCUUCGGCAACCGUUGCCGAUGAAGGACCAAAGAACAGACAGGACAUCGUAGUACCAAAACUGAUAGAAUCGAGCAACCCGAUGUCUACCUUUGAUGCAGGUGCCAACCUCGUCAACAGACAUCUUGAAGCGGAUCAAUCGAGAGUAAUUCAACGUGCUUUACAAGCUGGUGUCGACGGUUGUGCAAUCAUAACCAACGACUUUGAGAAAACAGAACAAUCCGUUCAAUCCGCUUCAAAUCAUCCCGGUGUCAUCUACAGUGUCGUCGGUAUUCAUCCCAACAACAUAUCCUCCAAGAAGAUGUCAGAUAAACUAUUCCUACAAUUAGUUACACAAUUAAGAGCUUUUGCUAUUAAACCACAAACAGUUGCUAUCUAUGUUGGAUUAGAUUAUGAAAGAGACUAUGGAUUGAAGUUCCCACAGGAGAAGUUUAUGAAGGCACAGAUCAAGUUGGCCAAUGAACUGCGUCUGCCUGUGGUGAUGCAGGAUUUCGGUGGUGGUGAAGGUCUGCUGGAGGUGAUGAAAGAGUGCCGUUCAGAGUUUGAACGUGGUAUGAUCUAUGUGUUCAAUGCCGGUUCAAAGAUGCUGCAAAAGUAUAUCGAUUUGGAUUUCUAUAUCAGUUUCAACGGUGUCAUCUGUGAGGAGUCUGACAAGGGUGAUCAAGCACGUGAUUUCAUUACACAAGUACCAAAGAAUCGUUUGAUCAUCUUGACUGACUCACCGAAUGUGACACCACAGAACAUUCCAGACUCUCAUAUUCGUCAGAUGCCAAACGAACCAUCGAAUCUCAUCUAUAUCCUAAAUAGAGCGGCAGAGUGUCUAACGAUGAAACCCGAAGAAUUGGCAACACUCAUCAAAGAGAAUGCUAAAAGAUUCUAUGGAUUAUCUGUUGAACCAAACGAGACAGAGACAACAACAGAGACAACAACAACAACUGCAACAACAACAACAAAGAAUGAAGAUAUAACAACAAAGAAAUCAACAUCAACUAAAAAACAAACAACAACAACAUCGACAUCAAAAUCAAAUAAGAAGAAUAGUAAACAAAAACAAGUUGAAAGUGAAGAAGAGGAUGAAGAAGACGAAGAUGAAGAUAGUGAUGAUGUUGAAUACUAUUUGGAUAGCGAUGAAGAGAUACCAGAGGAAUUGGUUUUCAAUAAGGAUAGUGACGAUGAAGCGUAUGAGAACGUCUAUGAUAGACUCGAUAAAUCACAGUUGGAUAGUUUGUAUUUCUCCUGUAAGAAGUGUAGAUCAAAGCUGUUUAGAUAUGGCGAUAUCUUGGAGCAUGAACAGAAACCAGCGAUGCUCGAUCACAACACCAAGAAUACCAUUAAGGAGUUGAAAAAGUGCAAGUCAUACUUUGUCGAGCCGACAGCUGCCAGCGCCUGGCUGAAGCAGCGUCAAGACAAGCAGGUAAUCUGUCCAAAGUGCGCAGCGAAACUCGGUUCGUUCAACGCUGCCGGUGAGCAGUGUUCCUGUGGAGCGGUACAACACAACCAACUUCGUAUUCCAAAGAGUAAGGUGGAAGUUGUCAUGCUUGGCGAAGACGGUGAGUUGAUCGACCUCGCUCUGAUGCUGCACCUCGACGAAGACGAGAGCGAAGGUGACCAAGACAUCAAACUCAAGAAAAAGAAGAAAAUAGUAAAGAAACAAGUAAAGAAGAGUAACAAGAGUAACUUUAGUAACUAUCGUAACAAAGAUGCUGGUGUCUCUACGAAAAAGUCGAAAUCUCAACAACCACCAUCCUUAGCCAAUACCUUAUCGAUCGAUUCCGACGAAGAAGUAGAUAAUCAAUCAAGUGAUUAG